AUGCGGAACUCAGAAUCGGUAACAUCUUUUAAUUCGAGCGGCACAAGCAUAAUAAGGAAAACUUUGCCAAGCACAGGAGCUUCUGUGCCAACUACAACAAGUGCAGCAACCAGCGAUGGGACUUCACCUGGAUUAUUCACAAGAUAUAGACCGUUUUUAAAAAAAGACAAGGCCUUAAUUAAAAAGGUCUUAGCCGGCAUUAAAACUAAAAGACCAGACCAUGUACAAACCGCAUUACUACGUCGUCAUCUACUUGAACUUACACAAAGUUUUAUGAUACCACUGGAACGUUAUAUAGCGUCAUUAAUGCCAUUGCAAAAAGAUAUAAGUCCUUUCAAGUCAGCGCCGAAUGCAAACACUUUUAAAUUAGAAGAUUUCUUGGCCACUAUUGAACAGUCAGGACCACAUCUAACAUCACCUUUGAAGGGCGAUUGGAAGGGUUUGUAUCGGCGAUUUUUCAACUCAGCUAAUUUUCGUGGUUGGUACGAUACCAGGCAUCGAGAGCUACAGUUAACCUUACAGGAUCUGCAACUUCAGGCGCUGUCUGUGGCUAACCUUGAGAAAUGGGCGCAAGAUAAGCAGGAAGUAGAAAUUAUUGAUAUGAUAUUAAAAUUAAAACAAAAAUUGAAUCUCUACACUAAUACUAGUAACAAUAGCUCAACACAAGAGCAAAUACGUGCUCAGAUCACUUGUAUGAAGGAUUUACUGCCUAAUGAUUUAAAAAAUUUAGUUAAUAUUUGA